AUGUCGACGAGCGGGAAGCGAAAGGCUUCAGAUUCCCCCACGGGACCAUCCAAGAAUGUCAAGCUAGACAUCCUCGAACAAGAGUUCCCGAAUACCGAAGAGCGCGCCGGGUUCAUCGCGACCAAGUUCUCCAAACUUCUCCGCGACAAAACUGUGUUCCCGAAGAUUCUUGAUAAGGCGCGCAUCGACCGCAAGCACCAGUUCGUCAACAGGACAGGUGACAUUUCCGAAUACUGGUUCAACUAUGCUGUGGACCUUAUGGCUUGGUGCAACGCUAUGAAGCUUGUCCAGUCAGGAAGAAGAGAGUGGUUCCCCUGGCGAAGCGUCCCGUCAUCAAAGCCCGAGGAUCCCAGCGAUAGGGCUGUAUGGUUUCCGAAGUUCAAGGAAACCCAGGCCAUGCUCGCCAGUCUGUCAUCUCGUGAGCGUCUGGAUAAUGGGCUUGCCUUAAUGGAGGAAGAGCCACAGAUGAACCGGAAUAUUCUCGGCAUGACCUCGAUCAAACUCCGACAGGCCAUUUGGGACGACGUCUUUCCGGGACAACCUUGUGUCCAAAAUCGCCCAUUCGAGGUCGCCGUACCCGAGAAUUUCGACUUCGGAGCACAAGUACAUGGGGAUAAGUCUGAAUAUCUCCAGCAGCUUCCACCUGGCAUAAGAAUGGCCAUAUUUCUUACCGAGAAUCUCAAGGGAACAAUCGUCAAGUGCCUUGUAUUCGGCUACCAGAAGAAUACCGUCGAUAGCUCCUGGAACAGAACACUCCUUGCCGUGGUCUACAGAACCGCAGUCCAGUGGGCUCGGGAGGCAUUCAUGACCCAGGACAGAGUCCCCAUCAGCCAGGCUUUCAAGAACCUGAGAUUCUCGAUCGCUCAUGGUGAAGUCGUAUCUAGCGAGCGGAUGAAGCAGCUCAGCCUCGACAAGUCUCUAGUCGCCGAGUGCGAUGCGCAGCUUGCCCUCGGACCCUAUCGCAACCAGGAGGAUCAUGCCGUCUUCCGCGUGUCGGCGUGGUUAGAGAAGGAGAAGCUGCUGCCCGCCGAUGAGCGUUGCAGAAUGCUGCGCGGCUAG